AGCGCGGUGACGUCACGCGCUGGCGGCGGAAGCAGGAAGUGGCGGCGCCGCCGCCGGAGCCGCCGGGAUCCCAAAAAUCCCCGAAUUCGGCCCAAAAAUCCCCGACCCGCGGCCGGUCCCGCCCCGGGAGCCGCCGAUGAGCGGCGGGCGCUGGCGGCGGCCCGCAGAGAUGGUGCAGCCCGGGCCCGAGGCGGAGCCGGCGCUGGCGGAGGCGCUGCAGCGGCUGAGGGCGGAGAACCGCGAGCUGAGGGGUGCCCUGUGUCACUGCACGCAGUCCCUGCGGCAGCGCCUGGAGGAGCUGCGGAAGCUGCAGCAGCAGCGUCGGGGCGAGCGGGAGCUGCUCUGGGGACGUUGGGGACAGGCCCGGGAGCUGGUGCUGCACCUGCGGGGACAGCGCGGGGACAGCCCCCCCGGGGACAGCAGGGACACCCCUGGGGACAUCCAGGACACUCCUGGGGACAUCAGGGACACCAAGGACACCGCUGGGGACACCAAGGACACCCCCGGGGACACCAAGGACACCCCUGGUGACAUCAGGGACACCCCCGGGGACAUCAGGGACAUCCUCACGGACACCAAAGACACCCCUGGGGACACCAAGGACACCGCUGGGGACAUCAGGGACACGCUCAGGGACACUGGGGACAUCUGCAGGACCAGCCCUGAUACCAGCACUGAGCCCCCCGAGGCGCCGCCCCGCUCGGUGUCCCCUGUCCCCUUCAAGGACGUCCCCGCUGUCCUGGAGCCCCCCCAGGCCCCCCCCGGGGCCCCCCCGGAGCCCAGCUCCGAGGAGCAGCUGAGGCAGCGCCUGGCGGAGGCUGAGGCUGAGCUGGUGGCACUGAGGACGCGCGUGGCCGUGGCCGAGCUCCGGGCUCAGGACGUUUCCCGCGCGGCCGAACUGCAGCUGCAGAGCCUGAGGCGCCAGCUGGAGCAGGACAAGGCCCAGGUCCAGGCUCAGGUGACGUCGCUCCUGGGGGAGCUCCGGGAGAGCCAAAAUCGCCUCGAGAGGAGCCGGGCGGAGAGAGAACACCUGGAGCGCAGGGCCCGCGGGGACGCCGAGCGCUGCCACCAGCUGGAGGAGGUGGCCCAGGGCCACCAGGUGCAGCUGGACCAGCUGCGGCUCCAGGUGACCAACCUGGAAACCGCCCUGAGGGUGGAGCGGCACGGGGCCACCGAGGAGAAGAGGAAGCUGGUGCAGCUGCAGGCCGCCUACCAUCACCUGUUCCAGGAGUACGACGCCCACAUCAAGGCCAGCCUGGAGGGGGACAAACGGAGCCAGGUGACGCAGGAGCAGCUGCGUGCGGCCGAGGCGGCGCUGGCCCUCAAACAGGAGCUCAUCGACCGCCUCAAGGCCGAGGCCGAGCGGCAGCGGGCGGCGCUGGAGACCAUCCCCGUGCUGCAGGCCCAGGCCGACAUUUACCGGGCGGAUUUCGAGGCGGAGCGCGCGGCGCGGGAGCAGCUGCACGGGCAGAGGGAGGCGCUGCAGGAGGAGCUGAAACAGCUGCGGCUGCGGCUGAGCGGGGACGGGGCCCGGGCCCGACUGGAGGAGAUGCGGAACCGUCACUCGGAGCCGCCCCCGGCCCCGGCCCCGGCGGGGGGUUUUGGGGGGCUCCUGCCGCCCCCCGAGGAGGGGCCGGACCUGUGCUGCCCCAAGUGUCAGUACAAGGCCCCGGACAUGGACACGCUGCAGAUCCACGUCAUGGACUGCAUCAAGUGAGGGGGGCCCCAAAACCCCCCCCCAGCGCCCCGAAAACAUCCAGGGGUGCCCCAAAAUCACCCCCCAGCGCCCCGAAAA